GACCGGUUUGGACCUUGGAGAGUGUUCUCAAAUAUUACAUACCACGUCAUCCCGUUUGCUACACAACAUAAAUUAAGAGGGGGAAGCCGUAGCGGAGUGAAAUGUCGUGUGUGAUUCGUGCAGUUGGUUAACAGAAAAAGCACAAAGGGAACGUGCAGAGUUGAAAGCAGUGCUGAUUAGGUCAGUGGCGUCGGGCGAUGGCGGAAGAUAAGGCAGAGACACAAGCGUUCACUCCUGGUCCCGGAUAUCGGCAAUUCAAGGGAAGAGAUGAAUUCCCCUCCAACAUUUUGCACGGCACAUUAGCUUGUGCCAUCUGGAUUGGAUCUAUGCAUUUUAACGUCUCCGUCCUCCUUUUCUCCUUCCUCUUCCUUCCUUUCUCAAAAUUCCUUUUGGUGGUUGGAGUGCUUUUGAUUUUCGUCGUUCUUCCUAUUGAUCAUAACAGUAAAUUUGGGCUGAGAUUGGCCAGGUAUAUAUGUCAGCACAUGUCCAGUUAUUUUCCAGCCACUCUUCACGUUGAGGACAUCAACGACUUCCAUCCUGAUCGUGCUUACGUUCUCGGUUAUGCCCCACAUUCGGUGUUGCCGAUCGGAGUUGUUACGUUGGCUGAACGUACAGGUUUCAUGCCUCUUCCCAAACUGAAAUGCCUUACCUCCAGCCCUGUAUUCUACACACCAUUUUUGAGGCAUAUAUGGACGUGGUUGGGUGCUUCACCAGCCACAAGGAAGAACUUUUGUUCCCUGUUGGAAGCUGGUUAUACUUGUAUAGUAGUGCCUGGAGGAGUGCAGGAGACAUUCCUCAUGCGGCAUGAUUCUGAGGUAGCAUUCAUUAAAUCACGAAGAGGAUUUGUUCGUAUAGCCAUAGAAAAGGGGUGUCCACUGGUCCCAGUUUUCGCCUUUGGUCAGUCACAUGCGUUCAAGUGGUGGAAACCACGUAGCAAGUUUCUCCUGCAACUUUCAAGAGCUAUCAAAUUCGUCCCUAUGUUAUUUUGGGGAGCUUUUGGAACUCCUAUACCGUAUCAACAUCCGAUGAAUGUGGUGGUGGGGAAACCUAUUUACGUAAAGAGAAAUCCCCAACCUACUACUGAAGAGGUCCUUGAAGUACAUGGCCAAUUUGUGAAAGCCCUUCAAGAUCUCUUUGAGAGACAUAAAGGUCGGGUGGGAUAUGCUGAUCAAUCAUUAAAGAUUCUUUGAUUUGAUUCUUAUUCGAUAGCAUUGCCUGAGCUACCCCAAUAAAAAACUGCCAUUAGAGAUAAUUUGAUUAAAUUCAGUUGUAUUAUACAUACAUCUGAAGAUGGUCCUUGUUUUUUUUUCUAAAAUUUCAAUGGUUAUGAUGUAUUCGGAAUUCA